AUGUACAAGCAUCACUUUCGAAAAUGGAAUUUGAAGAAGCGCUUGAGCUAUGAUCAAGUUGUCAGGAUAGUGGCCCACCGCACCCUCACGAAACCCCAUGCCGUAUCGCCGUCCAUGGACAAGAUCGACAUCUAUGUUCGUCGAUUACCGCCCGAAAAGUAUACUCAUUUCAAAAGGGCGGUCGCAAGCUUGUUGGCGGCAGCUUCGAAGACCAUGGAGGGGAGAAGCCCCGAGCGGCAUGCGCAUCCCAGUCCAUUAAGAGAAAUCCUCAACCCGCCUGAGAAACUACAAAACCCCGAGCGGCUACUGCGAGGAUUCCGAAACGAUAUUACUUCGAUCCUCAGGCCCGAGGAAUCGGGAAAACGCAGCAUUGGCAAGCCGCUUAUUGUAAUGAACGACCGCUGGUUCCAUCUCGUUGACGCUGCGACGACCAUGGUGAAGAACGGUCACGUAGACUAUGGAUUCGGCGUGAUUGCAUUCUGCAUGGACAGAGGGCGCUCGUUUCUCGAGAAUGCGCCGCCGUCUGGCAUGGUUCGUCUUUGUCAGGUUCUCUUUCGAGUCAAUCAGACGCAUCCUGAACUUUGCCAGUCCAUGCUGAGAUAUCUCUACCAGCUCGCCAGGGUCGUGUUACCUACUAGCAAUCAGACCAGACGCACCCUUCAGCAGAUGUCAUCUCUGGACAUUGAUGAUUUAUUGGCGGUAGAAGAGCUCCUCUUCCGCUUCUGCAGAGACUAUGCCAAGAAUAAGAUAUGCGCCAACGGCAGUGAUCUGAAAUCGGCCGAGAAGUUGAGAAUAUGGGGAUGGUCUGGAGCGGAUAUGUCCAACCCAGUGGUGAGAAAGAUGGUAUCUGCAUUUGAGCAAGAUUCGGCGCUCUGGUACAUUGGUAUUCCCUUGUAUCCCCUGCGGCCGGAGCUCUCCAAUCUCCACCAAGACCUGGAGCGCAUGUCGGCAGGAGAAUGGAGUGAGCUGUUUGGCGCCGAAGACAUUGGGCUGCUUAUGAACGCCAUGUGGCAAUCUGCUCCGGUCAUCGAACACGGCCAUAGUCUUCAAGAUGUCGCGACAAUGCAGGCGUUGCACCUUUGCGAGGGGCUCAUGUUCCAGGUAGACAAUACGAGGACGCUUGAGCAGAUAGAAAGGAAUCUCAGUAACCUGGAUCUGAUGUGCCCCGACUUGACCUCGCCACAGGCUCAGGUUUAUCGGAGAAAUACGGGAAAAUACAGUCGUAUGGUAGUCGCUAACAGAAUCAAGGUUGCAAAAGAGGCUAAUAGAUAG